UGUGGGCGGAGCGAGGCGGAGUCUGCAGAAGUCGGAGCCGUGCAGCCCUGCCCACUUUUUCAGUGCGACCCGGCGGAGCUCGAAGAAGUGUGAGUUCCCUGGUGUACCAGAAAUAACUGAUCUGAUUCACACAACUGCCAGGACGAUCCGUGAGUGGUCAUCGGUGGUAAAUCCCACCAACCUCUGGUCCCCCAAUACCUGGAGUGCAAGCAGAAAUACCUAUUGGAGUAUCUAGAUCACCAUGGCGACUGGACAGAAGUUGAUGAGAGCUAUCAGAGUUUUUGAAUUUGGUGGACCAGAAGUGCUAAAACUCCACUCGGAUGUUGUAGUACCUUUUCCAAAAGACAAUCAGGUUCUAAUCAAAGUGUAUGCAUGUGGUGUUAACCCAGUGGAGACAUAUAUUCGUUCUGGAACCUAUGCUAGAAAACCACUCUUACCCUAUACUCCUGGUACAGAUGUAGCUGGGAUAAUAGAAGCUAUUGGAAAUAAUGUAUCUACUUUCAAGAAAGGUGAUAGAGUUUUUACUACCAGCACGAUCACUGGCGGCUAUGCCGAGUAUGCUCUUGCUGCAGAACACACUGUUUAUACACUGCCAGAGAAACUGAGCUUUCAACAAGGAGCGGCCAUCGGUAUCCCAUAUUUUACUGCUUAUCGAGCUCUGCUUCACAGUGCCCGUAUAAAAGCUGGAGAAAGUGUUCUGGUUCAUGGAGCUAGUGGAGGAGUCGGACUUGCCUCAUGUCAGAUUGCUAGAGCUUAUGGCUUAACUGUUUUGGGCACUGCUGGUACUGAGGAAGGACAAAACAUUGUUUUGAAAAAUGGAGCCCAUGAAGUGUUUAAUCACAGAGAAGAUAAUUAUAUUGAUGCAAUUAAAAAAUCUGUUGGUGAGAAAGGAAUUGAUGUGAUUAUUGAAAUGUUAGCUAAUAAAAAUCUCAGUAAGGAUUUAAGUCUUCUGUCAUAUGGAGGACGAGUAAUAAUUGUUGGCAACAGAGGUACUAUUGAAAUAAAUCCUCGGGACACCAUGACCAAAGAAUCUAGUAUAAUAGGAGUUGCUCUCUACUCAUCAACCAAGGAGGAAUUUAAGCAGUUUGCAGCAGCCCUUCAAGCUGGAAUGGAAAUUGGUUGGCUGAGACCUGUAAUAGGUUCUCAGUAUCCACUGGAAAAGGUGGCCCAGGCUCAUGAAGAUAUCAUUCAUAGCAGUGGGGCCACUGGAAAAGUUAUUCUUCUCUUAGAGUAAAUGAUAUUCUUCUGUAUCUCACAUUAAUUUUAGAUUUCUCAGCCUUGAUUUACUAGCGUUUAUUAGCAUCCGUUUGAUUCAUUGUAUUUUUAUAUUAAAAACAAAAUUUGUUCUUAGAGAUAAUAGGCAUUGGGGUGCAAUGCAGUUUAUAGCUGGCAAUAUUUUUUAUGUCUUCUGUUUAGCAGUAGAAGGAAUAUUAGUGAUCUUUUGCCAUAGGGAUGCAUCUCAGAAAUUCCUCACUGAUACAUGAUCAUUAGUUUCAUCCCUUUGACUAAAACAUGGUAAUUCAAAAUAAUAUAAAAUCACUUUUUCAGAGCUGCUUCUUACAAGGGUUUUAUAGUAUCCUAUUAGUGCAGUGUUGUAUUGAACUCCUAGGGUUUCCUGGAAAAAUAUGGAUUCCUUUUCCAAACAAUUUUUAUUUGACUCUAGAAAUCUCUUAGCAGAGCAAGAGAUUUCUAUGCACAGAGAAAUUUGUUUGGUUUUCAAAAUUUUCAUAUGUUAGAACUUUUCAUUCUGUUUAUAGUUGAGUAUUAAUGGCACACAUGUUUUGAUCCUGAGUAUAUAAAUAUAUAGAUACUUACCAGUUUGUGCAAAAAAAUAAAGCAUUUGGCAUCUUAAGAAUGAUCUGUUUUUGUUUCAUUACAUGAUUACCUAUAGUCAGUUUCUCGGGAAAUUAAACACUGUGUUUACCUGGUU